CACCUACUUUUUUCUGCAUUUAGUUCUUGGCCAUUGUUUGCUUUUAUCGGUCAUUCUUUGUUGGGACUGGGGUUUUUUGCUCAUCUUUGACGAUUGCCAACUAUGUAUGGGACGUGCAAAAUGCAGGUAGCACAGAUAAGAACCCUGCUAGUUUUGGCAGCGAUAUUCUUCUGCCAGUUGACGUUCACACCUGCUGAGGCUUAUCCCAGCAGUUGUUUUGAAUGUGAAGAGGAGGUCUGGGAGGAAGUUCCAUGCGAUGAAAUUCCAUCGAAUAGUACGACAAUAGUGCCCCCAGCAUACACAUAUCCCACCACUACGUCGUAUAGUACCGCAAGGCCCGAGACCUCGACAACUGCAACAACGCCCACCACCACCACCAUUAGUACAACCACACCUUAUCCCCUUACGACGACGACAACGCCAAGCCAUGAUCCCUACAAGAAGUGCUAUUGUGAGUGUAAAAAUGGCUGCAAGGACUUCUGUCGAAAGGUGGUCGUUAAUCCACAAAGCAAAAGUCAAAUAAUCCAGAUAACAGAGGUAUCUCAGCCCUUGCCACAGGGCCGUCUCGAGUCGACAUAUUAUCACAGUAGCAAAUUGGUCCCGCCCGCAAGUGACCCGAAACCUUACCAGCCACCAAGUUAUGGGUACCCCAGUAAAUAUGAAAGUCCACCAAGUGUUCAAGUGCAAAAACCUGUUGCCGAAGUUUACAAUUCGGUCCCCUACUAUCGGUCUUCGCCAGUUGCUUCCCAUGGCUACAACCGUGAUUUCAACAGCGCCCACAAUGAGAAGAAAUACUUGCCCGACCUAUCCUACCGAAAUAAACACGAAACCUAUUACUUCUCGUCCCCAGAAACUGAACUCUCCGAUUUGCCAUCAUAUUUCCAGAAUUUAUACUCGAGAGCAGUUUUCGAUCUUGAAGCAGACAAUUUCCAGGCGAACACCAUACCCAAACUACCAGAAUACAGCCAAUACCCCUGCCAAGGAACCGGAACAUUUUCGUCGCCGGUUCCAGUCGACUCAGUUGCUUAUUCUGAUAAGUUUUACGAUUCACUUUAUGGCAACUCCGAAUCGUAUGCCUAUUACGAUGACUUCGGGACGAUCUCAGAGACGCCACACCAUUCGUUGCUGUACAAGUGAUGCCAAUGCCUUAUAAUCCCUUAGCUAUAGUUUUCUCAUAUUUAUAGAACACUAAUUCUAAGUAGUCUGUAAUAAAUUGUAUAUAAUACGUAUUG